UGCGGCGGCUGGAGGAUGGCAUUCCUAACCAGGCCCUCAGGGAAAUCAAGGCUCUGCAGGAGAUCGAGGACAGUCAGUAUGUGAGUGGGGCCACCAACCACUUAGGUGGUUGGGCUCAGGCGGACAAAGCAGCAGCUUGUCGCCUCUUUCACUCAUUUCCAUUCCUCCUACCCACUCAGUAAGAGGUGACCAGGCCGCACAUAUGGUGCUCUUCCCUCUAGUCGUAUACCUUCCAGAACCCAAACAUAUUCCCUUUAUCACUUGUUGGCCAUUUAUUCCCUGUUCUGUCAGACCCUCAGAGUCCUUGUGUCCCAGUGCACUCUGUCCCGCCUGGGCUUUAAGACCAUGGUAGCCUACCGUGUGUGAUGUGUCUUCAUUGUCCCAACACUGGAGAAGAUGUGACGUCUAGUUCUGUCCCUGGGUUGCUGGGAUUUGCCGGCCCUGGAGGAAAUGGGUGACAGUUGGUGCUUGAGUCCUGGGUCUCUCAUGCACACAAAGGUGUUGCAUUUGCACGCUGCAGGUGAUCCGCGUAUGGGUGGGCCGGCUUGAGCAGCGGGGUGUUACUGCCCAUUAAGUGGCCUUCUGACCUUCUUCCUGUUCACUAGUGGAGAGUAGAGUGGGGACCACCUCAUCUCUGGAUAGCAGAGCACCGUGACCCCUGAGCUCCCUGGCUGUUUCUGCCUGCCUGGUCUAAUGUUGGGGCCUAGGCUAAGGGUGCUGCUGGCAGUGGGAUGGGAGCAGAGGCAGUCUGGAGGCUUCGUGCUGGCUUUCGAGUUUAUGCUGUCUGACCUGGCAGAGGUGGUGCGCCACGCGCAGAGGCCGCUGGCUCCGGCACAGGUCAAGAGCUACCUACAGAUGCUGCUCAAAGGUGUUGCAUUUUGCCAUGCCAACAACAUUGUGCAUCGGGACCUGAAGCCUGCCAACCUGCUCAUCAGUGCCUCAGGCGAGCUCAAGAUAGCUGACUUUGGCCUGGCCCGGGUCUUCUCUCCUGAUGGUGGUCGCCUCUACACACACCAGGUGGCCACCAGGUGGUACCGAGCUCCUGAGCUGCUAUAUGGUGCUCGGCAGUAUGACCAGGGCGUCGACCUGUGGGCUGUGGGCUGCAUUAUGGGAGAGCUGUUAAAUGGGUCCCCCCUGUUCCCGGGAGAGAAUGACAUCGAGCAACUUUGCUGUGUGCUUCGCAUCCUGGGCACCCCCAGUCCUCGAGUCUGGCCGGAGAUCACAGAGCUGCCCGACUACAACAAGAUCUCCUUCAAGGAGCAGGCACCAGUGCCCCUGGAGGAGGUGCUGCCUGAUGCCUCUCCCCAGGCCUUGGACCUGCUGGGUCAGUUCCUCCUGUACCCUCCACAUCAGCGUAUCGCAGCCUCUCAGGCCCUUCUGCAUCAGUAUUUCUUCACAGCUCCUCUGCCUGCCCAUCCAUCUGAGCUGCCAAUUCCUCAGCGUCCAGGGGGACCUGCACCCAAGGCUCACUCAGGGCCCCCCCAUGUCCAUGACUUCCAUGUGGACCGGCCUCUUGAGGAGUCACUGCUGAACCCAGAGCUGAUCCGGCCCUUCAUCCCAGAAGGGUGAGAUGCUGGCCCAGUUCUGCCUGCCUGCCCCAGGAGCACCUGGACAGCCACGGCCUCCUGCGGAUGUGAACAUCACGCCUCAUCCGACUCCUUAGCCUGAUUGAGGGCUAGGCUCCAGGAGGCAGAACCAUGAAGAUGUCCAGCCCAGAAGAGAAAGAGACUCACAUCCUACAGACAUAGCUUCCAGAAACCACUAUCUGUGUCCUUCUCCAGGGCCUCACCACCUGCCUUAGAGAUGAUUCUUCAGGCGCUGUCUCCUGUCCAAGGACAUUGCUAUUACAGCAGCCCCUCAGGGAGGCACAGAGAGUAAGCCGCCUUCACCUGGGUACAGAGCUGCGAAGGCAGGCUUGCUUUGGUUUGGUUUUCAGAGCACACUGGGUCAGGCUUUGAGAUUCACAUAAAAGCUCUGGGUGCCUC